UACCGCGUUCUGGACCGUACGAUCCGAUUCUUAUUCCCCGAGAUUUGAAACGGGAAACACGCGUUUCGAUGUUCUUCUUCUUCACCGACACUCUUUCCCUUCUCAUCUCCUCCCUUCCUUCUCGCAGAGCAAUCCCCAUUUCCCCAGAUCUCCUCUUCUCCUCUAGGGUUAGGGUUAGGGUUUGGUUUAUCCAUGUCAUCCAAUGGCCAUGCUGCUCCGUUCCGUGUCUUCGUCGGCUACGACCCUCGCGAGGAGGUGGCGUUUGACGUGUGCAAGCACUCACUCUUGAAGCAUUCCUCCAUUCCUCUCACUAUCACCCCAAUCAAGCAGUCCGAGCUCCGGUCUGGUGGCCUCUACUGGCGCGAUCGUGGCCCGACGGAGAGCACCGAGUUCUCCUUCACCCGCUUCCUCACCCCCUUCCUCGCCUCCUACUCCGGAUGGGCUCUUUUCAUCGACUGCGAUUUCCUCUACACCUCUGACAUCGCGCCGCUUCUGUCCCUCAUCGACGAUCGCUUCGCCAUUAUGUGUGUAAAGCAUGAGUACGCGCCGAAGGAGGCGACCAAGAUGGAUGGCGCCGUGCAGACUGUGUAUCCCCGCAAGAACUGGUCGUCGAUGGUGCUUUACAACUGCGGACAUCCUAAGAACCGAGCUGCGCUUACCCCCGAGGUUGUCAGCACGCAGUCCGGUGCUUAUCUCCAUCGUUUCAUGUGGCUGGAUGAUGAUGAGAUCGGAGAGGUACCAUUUGUGUGGAAUUUCCUUGUGGGGCAUAACAAGGUUGAUCCUGAGGACCCUGAGACCUUUCCCAAGGUCCUGCAUUAUACUUCUGGAGGGCCGUGGUUCGAGAGGUACAAGGAUUGCGAGUUUGCAGAUUUGUGGCUGAAGGAGCUGGAGGAAUGCAAGAAGAAGGAAAAGGAGAAGGAGAAGGUGAAGGAGGGGGAGAAGGUGGUGUGUGCUUAACCAUUGAGUGCUGUUUCAGGUGUUAACCAUGGAGCACACUAUUCUUGACUUUACAUGAAAGCUUAAAUUCAUUGAGGGUGAUAUAGUAAUCUAAUUAACAUUCCCCUUAUCUUUGUGAAUGUGCGCUGCUGGCGGGGCACAUCAAUUUAAGAAUUUUUUCCCCUUUUUUUUUUUGUAAGGUUUUUCUUUUUUCAAUUUGAUAUGGAAUGCAGACAUCAUCCACUCCCUUGUUAGCAAAUCUGUAACUAUAUGGAAGCAGUUGUCUUUUUCUGCAUAUUUUGGGUUGAUUAUUAUCAUUGAAUUUGAAAUCGUGCUUGUUAUGUUAA